GGCUCCAGGUACCCGGAUAUAAGUAUGGACGAGCCGGGGGUGGGGUGUCAAUUCGCUUUCAAAGAGUAGAAAAACACAGCUCUGGCCAGGUUUUCACUCAGGGAGUCUUCAGUCUGCUUCUUUAGCCUUUUCAAUGACUUCUGUUUGGGAAGAUGUUGUACAUAAUGACCAGCUUAUUCAGAACGUGGCAGCAAUUGCAGUGGAUGCAGCACUUCUUGAAGGAGUUCUAAUGAGGACCAAAGAUGACCCCAAUGGAUCUGAUACUGUGAAUUAUGCUCCCUUUGCACUACUCCCAUCUGUAGUAUCAGGCAGCCUCUUUGAGCAAGCCUAUUCAGUACAGCAAGAUUUUAACCUGCUUGUGGAUAAAGUCAGCCAAAAUACAGAAUUCCUGGAGUCAACUCUUGCCAGUACUAUCAAAGUGGAUGACUUUACUGCUCAGCUUUUUAAAAUCUACAGGCAAGUUUUGAAAGAAGGAGUUACUCAGCCAGUUGUUUUAGGAAUCAAUCGCUCUGACUACAUGUUUGAUCAUGGUGCAGAUAGCAUUCCAGCUCUAAAGCAAGUAGAAAUCAAUACCAUUGCUGCUAGCUUUGGAGGACUCACAUCACGGAUGACAGCAGUGCAUCGUCAUGUGUUGAAUGUUUUGGGGAAGUCCAAGGAAGCUUCAAAACUACUGACCAAUAAUCCAUCCAAAGGAAUCUCCAUGGGCAUUGCAAAAGCUUGGGAACUCUAUGCUUCAGACAGGGCAGUGGUAAUGUUCUUGGUUGAAGAAACUCAGAGGAAUAUUUUUGAUCAACGCUGUAUAGAAAGUGAGCUGUGGAAGAGGAAUAUCCGGGUGAUCCGGAGAAGAUUUAAAGAUGUGUUUGAAAAGGCAUCUUUGGAUAAUGACAAGAGGUUAUAUAUAGACGGGGAGGAAGUUGCAGUGGUGUAUUACAGAGAAGGUUAUGUGCCAAAGAGUUACAACAAACAGAACUGGGAAGCACGGUUGUUGCUGGAAAGGUCCAGAGCAGUGAAGUGUCCUGAUAUUGCCACACAGCUUGCUGGAACCAAAAAAGUUCAACAGGAGUUGAGCCGACCGGGAACACUGGAAAGGCUGUUGCCUAAUAAGCCUGAAGCAGUGGCUCAAAUAAGGGCAACAUUCACUGGCCUCUACUCUCUGGAAAUGAAUGAAGAAGGUGACAAGAUGGUUGCCAUGGCCAUAGCUGAUCCAGAGCGGUUUGUUUUAAAACCUCAGCGGGAGGGAGGAGGGAACAAUCUCUAUGGUGCUGAGCUCAAAAAAGUUCUAGAGAAGAUUAAACACAGUCCUGAAAGAACCUCUUACAUUCUCAUGGACAAGAUAAAGCCUCUUCCUGCACUGAAUUAUUUGCUGAGGGCUCACAGUCCACUAAAAAUAGCAGAAUGUGUGUCUGAAUUGGGCAUCUUCGGGGUAUACAUCCGGCAAGGUCAGGAUUUCAUAAUGAACAAACACGUUGGGCAUCUCUUGCGAACCAAAACUGUAGAACAUGCUGAUGGGGGCGUAGCAGCCGGAGUAGCUGUUCUAGAUACUCCCUAUGCGAUAUGAAGGAGCAACAACAGAAUCUUUGUUGUGCUUGACCUGAGACCUGAUUAAUGAUUAAUGAUUAAAUCUACACUAGAAGCCCUCCUCUCUGUUGUAACCCCAAGGCAAAAAGGUACCAGCGUGGAACCGACAAGCUGAUGUUCUCAUUAGAUAUUACUUGGAUAAAUUGCAGAAACUGUUACUACAAAUGCCCCUUCAUCAAGUGCCUUCUAACAGAAGAGUUCCUUUGACUCAAUGACUAACCUUCUGAAUUUAUAUCCUAUGUGGAGGCAGUGGAGAUUUUCUUGGACAAAAUGGAUUAAUUCACAUUAUACUGCUUCCUGUUCUUACAUUCCUAUUGAAAACUCGCAUGUCACUACAGUGUAUCUAAAAAAUAUUUUUCAGUCAUGUCCCCUGGAGAUGAUUAAAUAACAAGUACACCUGGGUCUCUGUCACUGUGAAGAGCAUGAAAAAGCUGAGCAGUUACUAUUUUGGUAUUAUUUUGAAAGAAAAAAAACAUGCACUUUGGAGAAAGAGGGCUUAAAAGGCUUCUUACCCUUUAAGGCGUCUUUCACAGACAAUAGGAAUAUACACUGCCGGUAGCUGAAUGAGGGUCUAAUAGUUUAAUCCUAUGGAGAGUUACUCCAGUCUAAGCUUUCAUUGCAGUAGGCUUAGGCUGGAGUGACUCGGCAUAGGAUUGCUCUGAUAGACUCUUAGCUGUAAUUUACAUUGGAAGUAUUAGCUGAAAAUGCAUAUCUGUCAUUUAUUAUAUGCCAUUUUGAUAAAUCAAUAAAUCAGUGAAUAAACAUAACUUUUUUAUUUUGUUUUCAAAUGAUCAUGGAAAUUUUAUAUAUAUAUACACACACACACACACAUCUACACAUAUAUACACACACACAUACAUACAUAUGUGUGUGUGUAUAUAUAUAUACACACACACACAUAUACAUUCAAUCAAAUAUUGUUGAAAUAACUCAGUUGAUUUAUACUAAAUUUCUAGAAAUUUUAAAGAGAAGGACCAUGAAUGUUUGCUCUGUACUAGAGGUUACUUUGGAAUAACAGCUUGUUAAGUCAUAUAAACUGCUUUUUAAUUUGUACAAUUUGCAGUCUGAUGUGAGGGAGCUGCUGUUGACAAAAUCAAUGGUAUACUGUCAGCCCUAUGCCAUGUAUAGACAAUAUAUGCCUUUGGAGAGGACAGGGUUGGGCAUUAAUACUGCUUAAUUAAGGACCAAUGAAGAGUCGUGAUGCCAAAAACAAUCACCAGUGGCUCAAAGGAACAUUAAUAAAAGGGUUCAAUACCUAUUGGAA